AGACAGUGCUGCGGCGCCGCUGCGCAGAAUGCUGCGCAGAACUGUCUCGUCUCGUGGUCCGUAUCAUGGCGGCCUCGAACCGUGAGCUCUGGAGGAUCCGCUAACGCGUGAAAAAUUAAAACAAAGUCUAGCAUCACCGUAACAUUUUUUUUUUUAUUUUAGUGCAUCUUCGAGUGCUUAUCAAAAAUAAUACCAAUGUUGAAACAGCUGCAGAUGGGACUUCGCGCCUUCCUCUUAGUGGCCUCGAAGAUAUGGAGUUUUAUAUGUUAUGUUAUUAGAAAGCAAGUCCGUGCGGUCAUACAGCACCAGACAAUCAAGUACGACGUCCUUCCGCUGUCCCCCCUGUCCAAGCACCGACUCAGUUUGGUCAGGCGGAAGAUUCUAGUCCUGGAUUUGGACGAGACGUUGAUACACUCGCACCAUGACGGCGUCAUCAGGCAGAUGGUCAAGCCUGGGACGCCGCCCGAUUUUGUUCUCAAGGUCACGAUAGACCGCCACCCCGUCCGCUUCUUUGUCCACAAGAGGCCGCACGUCGACUACUUCCUGGAUAUAGUGAGCCAGUGGUACGACCUGGUGGUGUUUACGGCCAGCAUGGAAAUCUACGGGGCAGCUGUGGCCGACAAGCUGGACAAUAACCGGGGCAUCCUCAGGAAGCGCUACUACCGACAGCACUGUACGCUGGACUAUGGCAGCUACACCAAAGACCUUUCGGCCAUCACGCAAGACUUGUCAAGCAUCUUCAUCCUGGACAACUCGCCUGGCGCAUACCGGUCCUACCCAGACAACGCCAUCCCGAUCAAGUCGUGGUUCUCGGAUCCGAGGGACAUGGCCUUGCUCAACCUGCUACCCGUGUUGGAUGCGCUGCGCUUCACGAGCGACGUGCGCUCGGUACUCAGCCGGAACCUGCACCUGCACAACAUGUGGUAGCACCCUCGCUCGUCUGUGGCCUCCUCCGACCCUCCACUCCCGCUCUCUCUCUCUUCGGCCUGCACAGAGAGAGGAGCGGACGACGGCGCUAAGACCAUGGCCCCCGGCUUUGGAUGAGACCCUUCGUCCAGCUCGCGAAAGGAGGAGGAGGAAGAUGAUGAAGCCGACGGAUGCAAUGCCCCCGUCUCGCUUCCCGCAAGCGAGCUGUUGUCGCAGCGAAACAAGUCGCCACUGUUGCUCCGCGGACAGCGGGUUUCGUCUUUUCUUGACGGCCCUUUCAUGUCUUCAUUUUGUUUGUUUUGUUCCCAAUUGUGUUGUCUUUUUUUUUGUCUCUAUCAAACCAUUUGUGCCGCGUCAAGGACGGGUGGCUCGCUUCCCGAGGGAGUGUCGGUGCCCCAAUUCUCGGCGUCUUAAAAACGGUACCGUGUCGUCUGCCGAACGAGUCGCAUGUCGCUCGACCCGCGUGGUGUUGGAGUUCUGCCUCAUCUGCUUCGCGGGUGGCGGGUCCCGGGGAGUGUCGCCGACGGAUCGUCGCCAAAGAAUUGCGCCGUCUCGUUAUGGGGCGACUUAAGUGAGAACGGAUGGUCGCGGGCCCGGACGAUGGAAGUACCCUUGUCGAUUCGACGUGCUGCUCUGCCGUCCAUCACGGCAGAUGCCUCCUCCUCUCUGGACGUCAUCCACCAGUUCGCCACUGGUGCAGUUAUUCCUACUGUUUCGCCAACAUAAGGCUGACUGACGUACGCCAGUGUGGAACGGGUGGACAAGAGUGCAACGAACAUGUUUUCUUUGUUUCUUUUUAUUGAGCCUGCCCUUCUAAAUUGUGAGCUCUAAACGGACUGAGACGCAAGGAAAGGCCAAGUUGGUUUACGCCCCUAACCUUUGGUGCCUCCCCACCCUUUUUUAGAAUCUGUACUUUUCAAACGGCAAAAGCAAGGGUAAUAUCUGUGCAUUGGUCUUGGGGUUUCGCCGUGUUUGGCCGUCAGUGCAGCCAUUUGCCGGGCUUUUCCCAUUGCCAUACCGCACCUAAUGGCAGGCUCGCAUCAAUAGGAUUGCUGCCACUUUUGCUGGCGCUAUCACUUAAAACACACUGGCUUUUACCUCCCCCUUCAGACCCUUUUGGUGCAAACGGUUUCCAAGGUGGUCCCUUGCACCGGAUGCUCCAUUGUUUCGCCUUGGUGUCUUUGUUUUUAUUUAAGCUCUUCCAUCGUUCAACCCACAGCAUCGUCAUUAAUGUAUCACGUUUCUUGCUUUGCUCUCUGUUGCGUAAUUGUGGGAAAUUUAAGCUGGGUUAGCACAAUGCUAAUGCAGUAUUUUUGUUGUCCGUACUUUACCCUUUGCUUUGUCUGUUAUGAUUGUUCAGGCUCCAUUUUCUGCAAAGCACUUGGGCAGAAAAAGUCAGGCUCCAUUUUCUGCGAAGCACUCUGGCAGAAAAAGCCAGAACUUUCUCCGCCUUUUGUGCUGACUUCAUUUCUGAGGGGCUGUGGAAGGUCCCACAAAUGUUUGCUGGCAGGCAUCUGAAAUUUAUCGAAACAUUGCAACGUUCCCUUGGCAACUCAUUUUUGUUUCGCUUCUCAUUCUUCGAAACUGUUUUACCCGUCGCGCCGUGACGAUUUGCACAGCAACCGGUGUUGAUUUCACGACUGGUGAUAUUUUCACUGUGCAUAGUUUUUGUUUUGAUAUAUGUGUGUAUGUUUGCACGGACGUAUCUGUGCUCAAAAAGGUUUUGCUGCAACCUGAUUUUUUCUUUUACUUUCUCGCUUGCCGUUGCUGUACUAUAAGAGCUAAGUCAUGCUAAGUUAUUUUUCAGCCCAGUGUCUUUUGCACACUUGCUGAGUGGCAGUGCCUGCAAGAGUGGACAAAAAGCUGCUGUUUACGUUGUUGAUUUUUUAGCUUUUGUUAGGUGUACUUGUUCCCAUGGUUUGUGUGUUUUUUUUUUCUUCUGCUGAUAGCAGUUAUGAUUGAUAAUUCUUUGAGCAACAUUUGUUCCGAGACCUUACGAUUGAUGUGCCUGGCAUUAUUAUUGCUAUUACAUUGCACAUAUGGAUGGAGGCGCCUUUCGCUAUGUUUUCCCAAUUGUAUAUUUUGUACAUAAUGUACACAACACUUAGAUAUUACAAUAACUGAGAAAACAAAAGUAUGGCUCAAACUUUUUUCUGUACAAACGGUCCUGUGAUUGUACAAAAGGAAAACAAAAUGUGAAUAAAUUGAGCAAAGCUUUGAUUGUUUGA